AUGGAGGUCCAACUCUGCCUUAUGUUAUUGGCGGCUGCCACGUUGUAUGGAGGACUGGGGCUGGCUAAAGAUGUUAGCGUUCCUCGGGAUGUGAGACUGCGAGUUGUCGACCCUCACACGGUGAAAAUGACGUGGAAACGGCCAUCGCAACCCAAUGGUCGCCUUAUCGGCUACCUCAUCGCUUGGCGACUCGGCAGCGGAUUUUACGAAAUCAUCAACCUCAAUGUGACCAAAUCCUACACCUUUAGAGACUUGCAACCAGGGCGAACUCUCGCUGCCUCCGUUAGCGCCUAUACUCGGAAGGGAGGACCGAUGAAGCGUGAUUACGUUAGCCACUUCAGCGAAGAAGUGAGAAUAAGCAUACCUCAUUCGAAACGACGUGAGUUCAUCUUAGCCUCCAUUGUUAACCUCUUAAGUGAUUCUUCAAAACCGGCUCCACGUAACGCAAAAAUCAGAAUCUGCAACGGUGGGCACUUAAUGUUAUCCGAGCGGUGA